AGAAGAAGAAGUAAACGAAGAAGGAGUAAACUCCAAGGGAGCUGCGCAGUUGUCUUAUAGUUUGGCUAUUAAAAUACACUUGGUGAAUAUAGCAAUGAAAACAAUGUAAUUUUCUCUUUAUUAAGAGAUAGCCUACAGUUUUAUGCAGCGUCCUCUUGCUGAAGUGCCUUUUAAGGGAGCAGAAACGGCGUUUGUCACAAGUCAUUGUGAAAGUGAAAGAGAUUUGAGGGCUUCCGCGUCUUGUACAGCAGGAGCUGGAUGAUGGGUGUUGUUAAUGUUGUGUUACUAGUUCUGCUGGUUUGGACCUUUACAUCUGUCUGUGAGGAGGAUGAUAAUGAGAUCACAAUUAACUGUGAAGAUGUGACUGCACGUGUGGAAGAUAAAAUAAAUCUCACCUGCACUGUCUCUUAUCUGAGAAAAGGAUGCUCCAUGAAGAGCUACAAGUUUAUUAAUCCAGAAGCAGAUGAUGUCCCAACAAUCUGUAGAGAGGAGUUCAGAAGUGAUCAUCUGAGCAGAGUUUCAUGUCCUUACACUGCAAAUAAAGCCAUGACAACAAAAUUCAAAUUCUUUUUACAAACCACAUGUGGACCACUGAGCACAUAUUUCAGUGUGAACAUAACAGAGAUCACAAUUAUGUGUAAAGAUAUGACUGCACAUGUGGGAGAUAAAAUAACUCUCACCUGCACAGUCUCUUAUCCGAACCAAAACUGCUGCAGAAUGAUGUACAAGUUUAUUAAUACAGAAGCAGAUGAUGUCCCAACAAUCUGUAGAGAGGUAUUCAGGGAUCCCUGUGUAGAGAUGAGCAGAUUUUCAUGUCCUUACACUGCAGAUAAAGCCAUGACAACACAAUUCAAAUUCUUUGUACAAACCACAUGUGGAGCAAAGGAAACAUACUUCAGUGUGAACACAACAGAUGCUGUUAAAGAUGACACAGAUAAAUCAUCUGUUGCCGUCAUCAUUUGUCUCUUGUGCUGUUUCUUCAUUGUGACUGUGGCAUUGAUUCUCUGGAUGAGACAGAAACCGUCUAGAUCUUCAGCAGAUUAUAAUAUGGGUGUUUCUAGACCUCCACAGGAUUAUUAUAUGGCUACAUGUGAAAAAAACUUUGGUGAACCUUCAGAUGAAGAAGCAGUGUUGAAAGAAACAUCAGUGAAUGUUCAGAUAGAGAAACAAUGUCAGUGUAACAACAGCAUCACAUCAAGCUAAUAUUCAUGUUUUUACUAAAGCUCAUGAAUCUUUAAUGUUACAGUCUUCAUCAGAUCUGCUGGUAACCAAUAAGAAUCCAUAUAGAUAAACUCUUUUGUGUGUACCAGAUCAAAUCUACUGACUGACUGACUUAUAUUUCUGUGAAGUAUGAUUGUUAUUUAUCUGUUUUAUCAGAAUGUAUUGUAUAUACAUCUUUAAUGUAAAAUAAUGUAUAGUUUUUUCUGCAUAUUUAUAUGUUAAAAUAAAUAAUUUAAAAUCAACACUUGGCCUGUACACUGAAAAAAAUGAAUCAUUGAAUUUAAUCAAUUUUUUUAAGG